AUGAACUUAGUUGUAACUAUUUUAAUUAUCACAACAGCCCUGUCCUCAGUCCUAGCGAUUGUAUCUUUUUGACUCCCACAAAUAAACCCUGACGCAGAAAAAUUAUCACCAUACGAAUGCGGGUUUGACCCCAUAGGCUCCGCCCGACUGCCAUUUUCCCUACGAUUCUUUCUAGUGGCAAUUAUGUUCCUCCUAUUUGACCUGGAAAUUGCCCUUCUCCUCCCACUACCCUGAGGAGACCAGCUCCACAACCCUACCGAGACACUUUUCUGAGCCACAACAGUACUAAUUUUACUAACCCUUGGAUUAAUCUACGAGUGAACCCAGGGGGGCCUAGAGUGGGCAGAAU